AGUUCCUUGUGCGAUGGCGUCCUGGACUUCCUUGUAUCCCGCCACCUCUUCGAGACUCAUCCAGGAUUACCUCCAGGAACACUCACAGACUUGCGGUCUGCAGCCGUGAACAACAAAUGGUUUGCUCGGCUGGUUGUGAGGCACGGCUUACAUCAGCAUCUUCAGCAUGGCUUGGUGGAACUUGACUGCGAGAUCCGAAAGUUCGUGCAAAACGUGAAGGAAAAACCAGACGCUUCAUGCUUCGAAGACUUGUCGGCCCCAAAGGUGCUUGGAGACUUACUUGAAAGCAUAACCGGUGCCAUAUUUGUGGACACUAACUUCGAUUUGGAGAGGUUGUGGAGAGUGGUGCUGCCUUUGUUAUCGCCUCUGGUCACUCCAGCGACGUUGCGUUUCCAUCCUGUGCACAUUCUUAUGGAGCUUUGCGCGAGAAAAGGCAUGAAAGUCAGUUUCUUCCGGACAGAGGCGACCACGACUGAAGUAAGGGUGACUUUUGGAGAAGAAUCGCUUGUGGAAACUUCGCAGGAGAAGCCGAGGAAAUCUGCAAAGAUAGACGCGGCUCUGAAGAUGCUUGCCAGUCUCCAAGUAAGCUCUGGAAAUUCCUAACGCAGUCCUCUCUCUUUUUUUUGCUAGACUUCGCGGUGCUAAGCUUUUGUUGUAUCAAAAAGUAAAUGUCUAGUGGAGAAAGAAAUGAAAAUAUAUUACUCAACAGUUGUAUGAAUAAUUCAAAAUAUUAUUGUCCAUCAGUUU